AGGAGGGGUGUUCUCUCCAUUUCCCAAAUUCGAACCUCUAAAUCAGACUAACAGAGAGAGAAAGAGAGAGAAUUGGAAGAAGAAACGAGAGAAAAUAAUGGGGUUUUCAACAGUUAUGUCAGUAUCGCCAAAUCUCUUCGUACCCAUGAAACCCCAGAGGAUGAAUCUCCGGAUUCGGUGCCUUUCUCCACAUUCUGUAUCGGUUUCGAGCCAAUCUAGAUCGACCCCGUUCGAUCUGAAGACGUACUGGACAACCCUGAUAUCGGAGAUUAAUCAGAAGCUUGACGAGGCGAUUCCAGUCAAGUACCCGGCUCAGAUCUAUGAGGCCAUGAGAUACUCGGUGCUUGCAAAGGGAGCAAAGCGCGCACCGCCCGUCAUGUGCGUUGCCGCCUGUGAGCUCUUCGGCGGUAACAGACUCGCCGCCUUUCCCACUGCUUGUGCUCUGGAGAUGGUUCAUGCAGCUUCACUAAUCCAUGAUGACCUUCCCUGUAUGGAUGAUGAUCCAAUACGUCGAGGCCAACCCUCCAACCAUACAAUCUAUGGUGUCGACAUGGCAAUCCUUGCUGGUGAUGCACUCUUCCCUCUUGGAUUCCGCCACAUUGUCUCCCACACGCCAGCUGAACUUGUGCCUGAGGCUCGUCUUCUGCGUGUGAUUACUGAGAUUGCUCGCACUGUGGGAUCCACUGGCAUGGCUGCUGGGCAGUUCCUAGACCUCAAGGGUGGCCCCAAUUCUGUCGACUUCAUACAGGAGAAAAAAUUUGGUGAAAUGAGUGAAUGUUCUGCAGUUUGUGGAGGGUUGUUAGCCGGUGCUCAAGAUGAUGAGAUAGAAAGCUUGAGGAGAUAUGGGAGAGCUGUUGGAGUGUUGUAUCAAGUGGUUAGCGAUGUGUUGGAAGCAAAAUUGAUGGAAAAGGAAGAAAUUGAGAAACACAGAAAGAAAGGGAAGAAUUAUGUCAGUGUAUAUGGGGUUGAGAAAGCAAUGGACGUGGCAGAGGAGCUCCGAGCCAAUGCUAAGAAAGAGCUGGAGAGGUUUGAAAAGUAUGGUGAGGGUGUUAAGCCACUUUAUGGUUUUCUGGAGUAUGCCGUUGAUAGAGGCUUCACCAUUGAUGAAUGCAGCUAACAAUGCAAGAAUGAAACUGACCUAAAUAGGGGGUUGAUGGCUGGUUUUCAAAACUUGUGAUGAUUGAUCUUUAGAUAACUGGAUGAUUAGAGGUUUAUGGUCUCCCAACAAGUUAUCUCUAUACUUAGCUCGUGGUUACAAGUGCUUCUUAUAGUUCAGCUUCUUCCUUUUUCUUUUAUGGUAUAUUGGAUGUUAGUUACUUAAUAAUGUAGAGUAUUUGAACUCAUGAUCUUCACUGCAAAUCAAGGUUUUAUAUAUAAUGCAUACCAACUAGGUUAUGGUAUGCUUGGUUUUAGAGAAAUUGAGGGGCGGAGAUGGGAGUAAAGCGGGAUACAAAAU